CCACGUGCUCUCCGUGUUUUUCAGCAGGGGUUUCUGGGAAACGGUGUUCAUGGUAACCGACGUAAACACUAGCCACCCGCCUCCUCCUCUUCCUCCCUCUUGGCGCUGCAGCAGCGCCAAAGCAAGCGAAAAUGGCAAGCAUGGCUCGCACCGAGGAACAAUAUUAUGAAAAGAUAAGAUCGAUUCAACAGAGCCUGCAUAAAAGGGAGAAACGGAGGCUGGAGCUGGAAAGGGAACUGUUUGCUUACUCCAGAUCUGAUAAAAGAAUCUCACAGAUAAAGUGUACGAAACUGCGCAGUUAUCUCAAGGAAAUCUCUGACAGGGAGGCACAAGCGAAAAUAAGAAACCUUGAGCUUCUGAGAGAUGUGGAAUGCAUAGAAAUUAGCAUGAAGGAAUUUAGUCCUGACCAUGCCCCCCUGCAACAACAAAAGGCUGACUUUUUCAAAAAGAUUUCCAAAUAUAAUGAAGAAAGGAAAAUGGAGAGAGGUUUUAAAGCAGCAAAGAUUAAAGCUGUGCAUAGAAAGCACCAGGACAGCUCCACCUCUCAUCCAGUUAAAAAUUUUAGACAAUCGCCAGCAGUAAUUUUUAUGGACUGUCAGACCUCCAGAGGGUCUGACGCUGAAGCUGGCACCACAAGUGUACACUCAUACCAAGCAUUGCGUCGUCCAUCCAAUCGCAGCAUGCACUCCCACGAACGUCUACCAAGUGGCCUUUUGAAGGACUUCAGAGUUGGCGGAGAGGGUGCCACCAGCAACCGAGCACAUUUAUCAGAUGACAUUUCAGGCUCAAACGAUUCCCCUGACGGCUGUAAUUUCAGUGACAAACAUGAAAGAAUGGAGGCGGUGCUCCCAUAUGUUUGUGCCUUAACAGGCACAGCUGGUAAUGUGCCUUUUGGAAGUGAUGAUGAACAAGAACCUUCACCUCUGGUGACCUUGACGGGGCCUGAGAAGAAUCCGUCUCCCAGCAGCAGAGGUCCCAUCGGGGCUAAGAAUUCCCCUGCAGAAAACACUAACUCCCAAGAGGUGGCUCAUCAGCCAGCCAUAAUGGAAGCUGGAGAGAGAGGUCAAAGCCAUUUGAUGCAUGAAACAACUUUUGGAAAAGACGCUCAAGAUGCACCAGGUAGAUGUGAAAGUGUCAGCACAGCAAGUUCUGAUGUGCAGUUGUCAGAAAGCAGCGCUAGUGACCUGUCCAUUUCUCUGACACAAUCUGAGCUGGAGGAAGAUCCACCAGAGGGUGUGGAACCUGAGAGGAAUGCCACUUCUGGAGGGGGUGAUGAUCACAAUCAGCACAGUCCAGACUCAUCCCUGCCCUCUGAUAGGUCCAAGAACACAACUCCAGCAGUGACCUUGGAAAGUCUCUCCCAGGAAGGACUCUUUAGUCUGCUAGACAGCAUCGAAGGACGACUCCAUGCUGAACUCAGCAGUGUGUAUGGGGAUUCUUCAAUUGAUGGAAGACAGCUCAAUAGACUUAUCAGCCUUUGCAACAGUGGUGCGGGCUUGAAUGACGAGGACCUUGAAGCAUGCGGAGCAGUCGUACUUCAUGAGCUUCAGAGGUUGUCAUGGAGCACAGCAAAGGGCUGUCUGCUACCACAGGGUCUAGUGAGUUCUCACCAGUUCAGCCCUGAGCCUAAUGAAAUAAGCACCAGCCUCCCUCCUGAUGCCGCUCGGCUGUGGGAUCGCUGGUUCAAGCACGCCCUUCUGCUCAAGGAGCGCCGUGUCCUCAACACUGAGCGCUUGGUCCAGCUGUUCACGCCGCUGCUGCUGGAGCGCAAUGCCACCUACAGCCACCAGGCCAAAGUGAUGCUGAGGACACUUCUGUCCCGGUCCAGUGAGGAGUGCCCCUCAGCAGAGGACGAGAGUGACUUGUCUUCUUCAUGUGGUCCUCCUUCUCUACCUGCCAGGCCUGUACAAAAAAAACGGAUUCAAGAACUACAAAGUACUGAAGAGGACAGCCAGGACGAAAGCCCUGUGGAAAGUGUUCCUAUUAGAGGACGCCAGGGUGGGAAGCGCAAGAGAUCUGUCAUCGCUUCUCAUUAUCUUCUAAACAAUGCUCCGCCAAGGCUGGACUUGAAAAAUACUAGAUGUGAAGGCAUCCUGGAAGCAGCUGGUGAGCCCAUCCCUCAGCUGCACCUCUGAAAUGUAAAGCAAUCCUAUAUUACCCUUGGCUAUCAGAUUUCCUACUGGGCGAUUCAUGUGUCUGCAUCCCUAAGGUGCACAGCCAGCAAAAUGAGUCCAGUUUCCAAUUGCAACACUUAAUCAAAAGAGCCAUAACCAGCUAAGAAAAAUAAAUAUGACUAAAGAUUUUGCAAGGAAACGGUUUUGCUGUGCUGAACAACAUCAAUGUCACAAUCAAAUACCAUGACCUUGGAACUGAUAGUAAUUGCCAAGACGUGCGUCUGUAGACUUAGUGGGUUUUUUGCACGACAUGUAAAGCCUUUGCUGUAUAAAGUGCUGUGGGUGGAAUAAAACUGGAGAUUUUCAUGCACUGUAAACAUCAUAUGGUUUUUAGAAAAUGAUUAAAACUAGUAUUUUUUACUCUGAAACCAAGUUAAAAAUGUUAUGACUUGGUCAUACAAGAUCACAACUUUGCUCCCUCCUUUGAUUUGCUCUGUGUGUUUUAGCCACAUCAUUGAGACAACAGCCCAUUUAUUACGUACUUCUACUCUGUUGAUUUUUGCCAGUGCAGUCUCUGCUCCUCUCAAAUAUGAUACCUACUUUAGUGUGCCGGAAAGUAAUUAUGAGUGUUUUUAAAACAGAAAAUCAAUCAUUGCCUUCCUGCUAGGGGAUGCUGAGAUAAUGUGAGAUGCUGAUUGCUGUCUCAUGGAAACUGUUGCUACAUACUGUAGGCUUGAAUAAACAGCUUAGCUGAUUGAACACAGUGUUUUCACCCACUCUGUAUAGCAGUGAGACCAAAAGACUCAGCUACUGAAGUGUGUUGUCUCAACAAACACAGAAACCUCUGAAAGUUGGAAACCUGGGUUUUAAGCAAAUAUUUGACGGUGACUUUGUGUGCAUGAGUGUGUGUGUGUGUGUGUGU